AUGGACCGCCAUUUCUUCAUCAAGACCAUCAGCAAGCGGGAGUACGAGCUGUACGAAGAGAUCUGGCCCAAGCUCAAGCAGAAGAUGAUGAGCGGCACCUCGUUUCUGCCGCCGGUGGUCUGCCUCUUCGUCGAGAAUACGCACGGCAACAUCGGCUACCUGGUGAUGAAGAACCUGUUCCUCGGUAUCAGCGGGCCAGCGUUUGAUCUGAAGGGGAGGAAGAAGACCAUGGCCGCCGGCAUGACAACCGGAUGUGACGACGAAUUUGUCGCUGACUUUCCUGGCGGCAUCCUACUCGAGAAGCGGGACCGCGACCACCUGCUGUCGAAACUGAAAGCGGACAUUAAAGAGCUCUCCGGUCUCGGACUGUACGACUACAGUCUGCUGCUCUCUGCUGAAAAGCUUCCGAACAAAGACCACGAAGCGCAGACUGUUGGCGACCGUUUGUUGGGGAAGACGCCGCUGGGCACACUGUGGGCGGUGAAGGUCUGCCUGCUCGACGUGCUCACCGAAGGGGUAGGCACAACCGGCUUCAACCUCUACACCUCUUCAACCUCUACCUACAACCUCAACAAUGUGAUUUUCCCCGAUCCGGAGGGCAAGAGCGCCGAGACGGUGCCCGGCUUCGACCGCUUGCACCUCCACAACAAAGAUGAUGGCAACUCGUCUGGGCCGUCCGGCAGCGGCAGCAAGGCGUCGGGCGGACGACGCAGCAAGAAUAGCCACCCGAAGAACCUGAAGAUCACCGAUUUC